CAUCGGCGAACAUGACUUGUCAAGAGACGCAAAUUUCAUGUAAUUUUCCCGAGAUCUGAACAUGGCAAAUCGUCCCAAAAGAGGAGAUACAGAAGAUGAUCUCCUUGACUUUCAAGAGCAGUUUCUUGCGAGCAGRAAUAUCCCAUCGGCGGCAGUUGUGCGCGUAAAUAAAGAUCCUCGAGACAAACAAGAACAACACUUGCCUGUCCAGAGAGAUGUUGUCGAUCUUCAAGGACUUCCUCAAAGUCUUGCUAAUCCAAUUGGCGACUUCGGUCCUCCAAAAAAGAAGUCUAAAUUCAAAGAAAAAAGACUCUUAAAGACGAAAGUAAAGGUGGGGUCAGAUUUUACAGAUGACAGAGAUGAAGACAUGGCUGACCUCCUAGACAGGCAUGAUACACAUGUCUCCACUGUUUUAACUGAAAUCAGGGAAAGAGACAUUCAACAAAGUCAAGUGGUAAUACCAAACAAGGUUUUGAGCAAAGGAUUUCCCGAGGCCUUACAUAGAGGACAGAUCACUGAGAAUCAACAAGAAUCUAGCACUAGUAAUCAUGGURAAAGAAGUCUUUUUGCUCAGCACUUCAAAGCAGCUAACCCCAGUAUAUUUGGAUUACCUCAAAUGAAUCAACAAAAUGACUCCCCCUCAGAAAAACAAAUUCCUACAAAUGGAGUUGCUAUGAUGCAGAAAUCUCAGGGGGGCUCCUUUAGCACUUCAAGACUUGUCUCAGGAAAAGGGUUAAUUUCAUCAUCAGCUGGAAAUCAACAGUCAGUUGCAUCAAGAGAAGUUGAAAGUAUUCACAAGGAAAAUGUGGAAAGAUUAUCUGCAUUAUCUAAAGAGGAAAUACUGCAGGAGCAGGAACGAUUAAUGAAGAGUUUAGAUCCCAACCUACUGUCCUUUCUGAGAUUACGUCACCAACAGAAGACUUCAGAAGCUAUGAAAGCUUCCCAACAAGAAGCAAAAAUGGAAAUAGAAGAGCACAGUACUUCAACUCAUCUAACAGGCUUAGAAAAUAGAAUAGAAACUGAUUCAUCCGUACGAGAUGUCUCACCUCAAAAAUGUGAGACAAUGGAUGCUGAAACAGAGGACAAACAUGUUCAUUUUGAUAAUAAUGUUGAUGUCACAAAGCAACAUGACAUGCUGAAAGACAAAGUUGUGGAAGUUGAUAAACUGACCAAAAUGGCUACAGAACAGAAGUGGGUUCACAUGGACACUGUUGAAGAAGAGAAACUUGAAUGGAUGAAGGAUUGUCCUGCACCAAGUGCAGUUAAAAAGGAGAGUGAUCAUCAGGCUCGUUUUGCUUUUGAUGGAAGCUUAAUCACCAGAAAUGCUGAUAUUCCAGUUAAUGUUGGUUUACAUCACCAUGGUGAUGAACCUCAUGCUGCAGGGUACACACUUGAGGAGCUGUUUGUAUUGUCAAGAAGUAGUUUCUUACAACAAAGAGUUGUUGCUUUGCAGACACUAGCAAGGAUAAUAGUACAGGAUACUCAAGGCACAUUUACUGACUUGCUUCAGUGCUCUGUACUGUCAACCCUCCUGGAUGCUGGCAUCAUUUUUCUGUUGCGCUGGGCCAUGGAUGAUACUGCUGAUGCAGUUAUUGCUGUAGCUAUUCAGUGUUUAGCAGCAGUACUAGUAGUGCCAAAUGAUCAAGACUGCUGUGACAGAGUGUGUGAAUGGCAUCGAGGACAAGAAUUGCCUUCUUUAAGACCUGAAGUGGAAGAGAAAAAUGAAAAUGAGAGUGAAGAUGAAGAUAGAAGAAGCGAAACAGAUGCAGAAGURGUAAAGAAAGAUGUCAUCAAGGGCCUUCUGCAAAUGCGAAUUCUACCUCGUUUGCGAUACAUACUAGAGGUUUGCCGACCAAGUCCUACUACUGUAAGGGGAGUCUUCUCAAUCCUCACCAGAAUUGCCAAACACUCCACUGGAGCUUCCCAUGAAAUUGUUAAAUGCCCAAGAUUGCUGGAAAGUGUCUUCUCAAAGUUUUUACCAACGUCUUGGAGAAAAGUUCAUKUGCCUCUCAAUGAUGUCACAGACAUGUAUGGACUACCAUCGCAUGAAGCAUUAACUUUGCUGAGAGCAAUAUGCUCAAGUGGACGGCAUUUGAGUUCUUUACUGAUUUCCAAACACAACCUCAUCAAUUAUAUUCUUUGCUACACUUCUUUUCAUCCACAAGAUAUCCAGCUCUCAUUUGAAGAUGGGAUGAAGCUUUGUAUAGAAAGUAUCAGGACUUGGACAAUAUGCAUCAGCUAUGGACUUGCUUGUGACCAGUUUAGAGAAAUAUUCCCUACCUUCCUUCAACACAUUCAAAAGCUUCAAGAUAUUUCAGUCAUSAAACAUAGUACAUCAGUAACAGGUUUGGAAAGUGAGUGUAGGAGAGCUUGUUCUCUCCUAAACCUACUGGAGCAUGUUAUCCAUGUUGCUGGCACAAGUGCUGAGAUGCAUGCUAAAAUGCUGGCUUCAUCUCCAAAUGCUAAUAUAGAGGCAGAAGCYGAUUGUCUUCCRCCACYUCCAGUCAACUGGUCUCAUGUCAUGGGUUUUAUUCCACUUGUGGCAUUUGCUUUGAAUAAAUGGAAAAAUGAGAUUGUAUCUUUAGAGGAGAAACAUUUAGAUUCUCUUUUGGAUUGCCAUGUUCUUCGUUGUACAAGCAUGUGUAAUCUACUUGCUUCAUUUUACUCGAAGCUUCCUUCUCAACCAUCUUUCUCACCUGUGGAUUCCUUACAAGACAUUGAGGACCUUGUACCAACCAUUUUAUUACCAGUAAUCAAUUCAGCUUUUUUGGGAUUAAUGAUUCAAAGUUUGAGAAAUAUAUCAGCUUCUCCCAAAGCUGUACUGUUCACCCGAGGGACACCUAACUUACCUGACUAYGGCACUUUACCUGCUAACRCUGGAUAUGGGACAACUGAGCCCACACAACCAUUCUCACAUGGACCAGCAGUAGCAUUUAUUACAUCACUGACACGUCUUUCAUGCAGUGUCAUAAAUGUACAUAAAGGAAUUGCUGCCAAGUUUCUACCUCUGGUAACUGGAGAAGAAGUGAUAGAUUAUAUACAAAGCAUAUCCUCUACACAAGAAAUUCUCAGUCAGUCUUACUUUGGUCGUUUUGAGCUACACAUGCAGUAUUUUCUGAUAAAGCUCUUCUAUUUAGUGGUGCGUUCUGUUGACUGUAAAGACAUGUCRACGUCAUUGGCUGUGUACCAUUCCUCUGCUCUGGUUGUGUUCUCUCGUCUUCGUGCUGGGGACGAGCACUAUGCGCAUGACUUUAUGUCAACCAUUCUAUUCAAUCCUGAUUUUUAUCCAGAAGCAAAAGACCAAGAAACAACAAGUGUGGMAAGAGAUYUAUCAGUGUUAAACAUCACUGCAAAAGGUGUUCCCAGUCAGCCCUURCUGACCAAAGACAAUAGGUCCUAUACUCAGAAGGAGCUUCUGUGUGAGGCACAUAAAAGCCUACUCGGUAUAAGGUCCACGUAUAUGAGUUCUUUUGGWAAAGUCAGGCAUGCUCUGGCGGCAUCAAGAUCGCUCGCUCUUCACCAGCCUCACGAUAUCCAAUCCCUUCUACUCUCACCAUCACGUGGUCCUUUCCUGCCAGCUGAUUGGAUGUUUGUGCCAAUUGUCGACCUACACAAUCAAACCCUUAGUGCAGAGUCCAAAGGMGGCGUUGUUGAUGAAGUACCCCCCGCGAUGAUAUCUACAGUCACGUGCAMUUUGCAAAUGAUUUUGAUGUUAGAGGAAUGGCGGCCAGUGUCUUUGUCAAGUGUUUCUAUGGUUGCAAAGAUYACUCGUUUGAUGUGUAUUUUCCUUACAGGUAGCGACUUGUUUCUAGACCGUCUUGUACAUCACUAUGKCAGGAGCCUUCUACUCGUCUAUACUCGACCAUCAUAUCUCUCUCGAUUGGACUUCAGCGGCAACGUUUCGGGGUUGAGCUCAUUUUACGACUUAUACACUUCAUUACUGACCCACUACUCUGCAGUSUCAUUCGGAGACCCAUUGUUUGCCAGCUUUCUUGUCCUCCCWUUGGCUCAAAGACAUGACGUCAAGUUUCGACGUGCAUUAUGGGAUGAGUUUGUAGGGACAAUCAGGGCGGUUUCUUUUCCUGUUAAGCAGGUUCCCUUGCCCUUGGACCACUUCUUGUAUCCCAUUGAACAAGACGAUGUUUUGCUUUAUUUGUAUUUACGAGCUUUGGCCAAUCAAGAUGCACGACCCCGCUGGUGCCCAUUCUUCUAUCUGUUGGCGGUUCAUCACGUAAAUGCGUUCAUUUAUCAGCGUAUUGAUCCAAAGGAUACUUUACUUCUGAAACGAAAACUUUCACUUCUCAGCCAUGUUAUGCAAGUCAAACUACAGGACGUACGAACUGAUAUACUCUACUACUAUAAGCCGCUCCCAGACUCCUCCUCGGAUAAAUCGUUUGAAGUCUUUUCCAGUCUCCCUCCAGACCGUGAAAUAUUACUAAGAAACAGACAGGACAUCGAAGAGUGUAGAAAGCUUUACGAAAAAAUGGCCAARUAGAAAAUUAGUGGAAAUAUAUGUCAAAUUGAUAUUUAUUAUAAUAAAUUUAGAAUAUCAGUA